CAAACCCAAACAAAAUGGCUGACGUAAACAUGGCGUCUUGAGAUCUGAGAAAGUGACGCUCGUUCUUGUUAUGAUAGAAUUAUUUUAUUGAUUUCAGGUUAUUGCAGCUUAUAAACACGAUAAAUUGUUGGAACAGCAGAAUAUCUGCGUGCCAUGGCUGCACCAAACAGUUACAAACAAAACACAUCAAUGUCGAUGCCAAGCCCACAAAGCAAUCCGCACUACAUGAUUGCGGGGCCCCCCAUGAGUUUCGGUAUGAUGAAAGGCGGUAUGAAUGCACCGCCGCCGCACCAUAACCAAUACCAGUACCACCCGCAAUACCAAGGUGGUCCCUCGCUGGGCCACCCGGGCGGGUACGGCGGCUGGCCGCACCCCCCACAGCAACAGCGUUUCGCUGCAGAGGGCGCGCGCCGCGCCGCCUCAGCCGCGGCCGGCGGCGCCACCGGCCAGGCCGCUAAGGACGAUAAGACCAGUCCCUUUGUAUCCACCGUACAUUCACAUCCUGGAUUUCAGCCGCAGAAGAUCGGCAAGGGUGCCGGCGCGGGCGCGGGCCUGCCAAAGCCCCCGAAACCGCCAGAAAAGCCCCUGAUGCCAUACAUGCGGUACUCCCGAAGGGUUUGGGAUACUGUGAAGGCUGCCCACCCUGAUCUAAAGCUAUGGGAGAUCGGCAGAAUUAUUGGAGGCAUGUGGAGAGAUCUGCCCGAGACGGAGAAGGCUGGUUAUGUUGAUGAGUAUGAGGCGGAGAAGUUGGAGUACGAAAAGAGUCUCAAGGCUUACCACAACUCGCCAGCCUAUUUAGCAUAUAUUGCGGCGAAAAAUAAAGCUGUAGUAGGUAAUCUUGAAGAGGAGAGCUCUAGCAAGAAGGGUGGCUCUCAGAAGGAGCAGCAGCAGCAGGACAGGAGAAUUGAUAUACAGCCUGCUGAGGAUGAAGAAGAUCAAGACGAAGGCCUCUCAGUGAAACACGUGGCCUACGCGAGAUAUCUGCGCAACCAUCGGCUGAUCAACGAGAUAUUCUCCGACACUGUGGUGCCUGAUGUGCGCUCUGUCGUCACCACCGCUAGGAUGCAGAUCUUGAAGAAACAAGUGCAAUCCUUAACAAUGCACCAGAAGAAGCUAGAAGAUGAGUUGCAGCAGAUUGAAGAGAAGUUUGAAGCUAAGAAGCGCAAGUUUAUUGAGAGCAGCGAGGCUUUCCAGGAGGAACUUAAAAAGCACUGCAAGCCGGCGGUGGACGAGGACACGUUCGGGCGCAUGGUGGAGCGAGCGAUGGAGCAGAUGCGGCGCGGCCUCUCCAACCCGCAGCCGCUGCACCCGCCGCCCGGCGACAGGAAGGACGAGCCAAUGGAACAAGACCAGACUCAAAUCAAGCCAGAAACCAACGGGCCCAACCUACCCACACAAGUGGACAAGGUUUCCACAACCGAGGUGAAGGCUGAAGGAGUCACUACUGAGCUCAAACCUGACGUGGAACCCAAGAAGGAGGAGCCUGAAGAGACGCCAGCUGCUAAUGGAACUGAACCCGAAGGUGAACGUAAAGAAGAGAAGCCAGUUCCGAAGCCCGAGAACAAGGAGGGUGUUCCGCCCGCGGCCCCCGCACCGGCCCCGCCACCGCACCCGCCGCACAUGACUUCACCACCACAUCACCCGAUGAUGAUGCCGCCGAACCCCAACGCUCCUCCCGCCCACCCGGGACCGCCACAUGUGGCUGGCGGCCCGCCGCCACCACCAGGAGCGUACGGCGGCGCGUACGGCGGGCGCUACUACGGCGGCUACGCGGGCGCGUUCCCCGCCGCCUACCCGCACGGCUACUACGAGCACUACCCGCACCACCUGCACCACCACGCGCCGCACCGCGACCUCGACGCCAAGCCGGAGGAGCCACAACCUAAAAAGGAGGGUGAAUGAUCGUCACCAAAACGCGUCGUCAAGCGACGGCGCAAGUCCUCUACUAAGGACACGCAGUGAUCGCGUCUAACGCGCCUUUACACUGGACUUUACUUUCUAGAACAUUCGAAGACUCUUCUGAUAGUGAUUAUUAUAAGUGGAGAAAGUUUCUUGUGAAAACUGUAGUAGCUUAGGAAGAUUUUUUUAGAAAUGUUGCUAAAAUAUAGUCUACAAUUUUGUGUCUUGAGAUUGGUUCAAUAGUUACAAGCUUGAAAGACCUAAGAUCAAAGCAAUUUGGUUAAACUACUAGCCUUAGCUAAUUAUCUUCAACAUUGAAUAAGGAUAGUCUUUGUAUGUAAUAAACUAGCCUUGUUUUAAGCUCCAUAUAAUGUAUGUUAAACUAUAUUCAAUAGUAAAAUAUUGUCUGCCUAGAUAUAAGUGUAGUUACUAUUAUUUGAAUUACAGUUUUAUAGUAUCAACAAAGAAUAUGUGGGAAAACUAUGAUUGUGAAUAUUGAUAAAUAACUUGUAAUUAGGGUAUGGUGACACUUGUAAGUAAAAAUAAAACAUUUCAGACAUCUAA